CUAAAGGUCACGAGGAAGUUAACCAAAACAUUGCACAUUUGUACAGUCUUCUGUAAAUAUUAGAUGGUUUCCUGCGUGAAUAAUAUAAUGUAAGAUCAGCUGCGACUCCUGGCACAUCUGACACAGUAUGGCCAUCUUACUAAGAUUCACAAGACUUUCUCUUAAGUCAACAUUCAGAUGGAUACUAUGCCCAAAGUACAGCACUGUCCUCACUGCAGUGGGAAGAGAAAAAUCAGGAAGAGCCCCGUCGGUGUGGUCGAGCCAGCUGAUUCAGCAUCGCUGUGUACACAGGAAAGGGGUGGGAGCCAGCCCAGACAACCCAGGUGCUGCACCACCUAGGUUACCCUUCUCUAGGGUCACCCAGGAAGACGUUUCUUUCUUUAGAGAACUGCUGCCUGGAAGAGCCAUCACUGAUCCAGACUUGCUGAAGUCAAACAACAUAGACUGGCUAAAGUCAGUGCAAGGUAAUAGUGAAGUUCUUUUGCGAUCCAAAACAACAGAAGAGGUCUCUCAGAUUCUUAGAUACUGUAAUGAGCGCAAUCUAGCGUUGUGUCCUCAGGGAGGAAACACUGGUCUGGUGGGAGGAAGUGUCCCUGUGUUUGAUGAGAUCAUCCUCUCCACUUCUCUUAUGAACCAAGUCAUCAGUUUUGACAGCAUUUCAGGUAUUCUGACAUGUCAGGCAGGCUGUGUGUUGGAGAACCUGUCUCAGUACCUAGAGGAGAAAGACUUUAUCAUGCCGCUGGAUCUUGGUGCAAAGGGAAGCUGCCAAAUUGGAGGAAAUGUGGCCACUAAUGCAGGUGGCCUCAGACUACUGCGCUACGGGUCGCUUAGAGGGACCGUUCUGGGUCUGGAAGUGGUUCUGGCAGAUGGGAGGGUUCUGAACUGUCUGGCAACCCUUCGCAAGGAUAACACUGGCUAUGACCUUAAGCAGCUUUUCAUUGGCUCAGAAGGAACAUUAGGAGUUAUUACUGCUGUUUCCAUCCUGUGUCCACGGAAACCCAAAGCUGUCAAUGUAGCAUUUUUAGGGUGCUCUAGCUUCCAGCACCUGCUGGAAACAUUUCAGUGUUGCAGAGGGAUGCUGGGGGAGAUCUUGUCUGCUUUUGAGUUUUUAGAUGCCUCUUGUAUGAAACUUCUGGAAAACCACCUGAAACUCACCAACCCUAUCACAGAAUGUCCCUUCUACAUUGUCAUUGAGACUGCUGGAUCAAAUGCAACCCACGAUGAAGAAAAACUGCACAACUUCCUUGAGGAGGUCAUGACAUCAUCACUGGUGACUGAUGGGACAGUUGCAACAGAGGCGGCAAAAAUUAAGGCAUUGUGGUCUUUGAGGGAGAGAGUCACCGAGGCUCUGACACAUGAAGGCUACACAUACAAAUAUGACAUCUCUCUCCCCGUGGAGAAGAUCUAUGAUUUAGUUCAAGACAUGAGAGGGCACCUUGGAGACAUGGCCAAGAAUGUUGUUGGUUAUGGACAUGUUGGUGAUGGAAAUCUUCAUCUGAACAUCACGUCCCCCUUUAAAGACCCUGCCCUACUGGCUGCCAUUGAGCCUUAUGUGUACGAGUGGACAUCAGAAUGGAAAGGCAGCAUCAGUGCAGAACAUGGACUGGGUCUAAAGAAGAGAAACUAUAUUUAUUACAGUAAACCCUCAGAGGCAGUUGCACUAAUGGGAAACAUUAAAGCUAUGCUAGAUCCUAAAGGAAUUCUCAACCCUUACAAGACUCUACCAGAUGACCUACACUAAUAG